AUGACCGAAACUAAAAUCGAAAAUACAACUUAUUCGACAAAGACUGUUGAACAUUCGACAUCACCAGUACUGAUUAAUAAUUCAUCUAUUCAUUCGGUACAAAAUACAAACAAUAUAGAAAUUAUGUCUGGCAUGCAACAUCAAAAUCAAAACUAUCAAUUACAAAUUCAUGAUAUUACUAAUAGUCCAUUGAUCAAUAGGCAAGGAAUUCUUCAAUGUUCAUCAUCCACUCAUAAUAUUGAUCAAUUAGCUAAUCAAACAAUUUUACCAUAUGUAAAUCAAUAUCCUCUCAAUCAAGAUCCAUAUCCUGAACAUAUUCAUCGUCCUACAAAUGAACAUCUCACUUAUCAUCAAGAUAUAGCUAUACGUUAUUUACAACCACCUAGUCCACCACCACCAGGUCCUAUUGUUGUACGUGAAAUUCGAGCACCUCUACCUCCUGAAGCUCCUCCAUUAGUUGUACGUCAACAUGCUAAUGUUCCUAUGACUCCACCUCCCAUGAUCAUUCGUGAAUGUCCACCAGUACCACCUCCAAUAGAACCACCUUCUGUUGUUAAUAAAUUUUUACCAGCACCUCCACCACUUCCACGAAGAGUAAUUAUCGAAAGAGAAGCACCAUUACCUCCUAAACCACAACCUGUUAUUAUUGAAAAAUGGCUUCCUUAUAAACCACCUCCUGAACGACGUAUAGUCGUUGAACCAGCUGCACCACUCAUGCCAAGACCAAUACAAAAAAAUACAAUAAUAACAUAUGAUGCUCCACAUGUUGAUAUUGUUAAAAAUGUUCGUCAUCUUGGAGUUGUUCGUGCUGAUCCACUUCUAUAUACUGCUCAAUAUGGUCCAUGUUUACAACAAAAUGAAUAUGUUCAAAAUACAAUGGCUAAAUUUGGUCUUGGAAAUAAUUAUAUGCAAAUGAUUCAAAUGCAAACAACACCAUACAUACCCUUAAUGGGUAGCAAUCAAUUAGAAGCUAAUUAUGCUCGUCGUAAUAGUCAACAAUCAAUGACUAUGAUAGAACAAAAUACAUCAAAUAUACAUCAAAUGGAACAGGAAAAUCAACAUAAUUAUAUAGAAAAUCAUGCAGGAGUGAUUUUACCUGAUCACCAUCAAUCGUCUAUGGAUAGUUUAGAUGACUCAGAUGUUUUCCUAUAG